CUCAAAAGUCAAAAACUGACUGAAACGGAGAACGCCAGAUCGUCACGAAACGAAUCUAAGUGAAUUUAUAUCAGUGAAUUUAUUUACUACAGACAACGUCAACACGGCUAGUUCUAAAGAACUACGCAACCACGGUCACUCAAUGGUGGGGUCGGAGGCUUGUGAAAUCGUACGCUGUGGGACCGUGUUCAGACAUAACGGAUUUGUACAGAUGUGCGUCAUGCAACCCUGAAGUACAACUGUAUUGUACAUUGAAAAAAGUAGUGCUGUGUGUAAACUGAUGGACUGAUCUUUGCAUGUAACAGUUGGACCUCUCUUUGAAGAAAACAAAGAAAUCAUCGGCUGUAAGCAAUGGCAUUAUUACAUUACGUGUUUGCAGUUUUUCAACUGGCGUCCAUUUACCGAGCCAGCUGCACUGUGCAGAGGCCAGUAUCGUUAUUUGUCGCCAUAUCGCCAGGACUUCCUCGUCGACAGCAUAAUACCCAUAUUCGAGAAGUGGCUGUUCAUUUCAGCGGGCUCAAUACGUCCCUUGUCACUGAUGGAUGCUUGGUACUUGCGCGCGAUUGGGAAUUCAGAUCGAUCUUAAAACGAAUAAACAUUCACGAUGAACUUGAGGAUGACGAAGACCCUACUGAAGGACGAAUCUUUACGGGAUACGUCAUACCACCGAGUAAUUUUAGUGCUCAAAUUGUACCAACCGACUGCAUCGGAUAUUUCAUUCGUUUGGAAUGGAGAUCCACGAUUAUCGCUGAGAGCUGUUUGCGAGUUUAUCCAGACUGGAUGGGGCAGCUUGUUGAUCAAGAACCUGCCGCUGUGUGGUUCACGUUUUCAGGAAACCUUACGCUAAAUUACCUUGCAAUACCAGGAUCGCACAACGCUGGCGCCUACAAGGUGUACGAGCCUCAUGAAGAAUCUUUCAUCACAUGGUAUCGCGAUUGCCAAGAGGAGGACAUUUACUCACAACUCGUAUAUGGAAGCCGUUUUCUCGAUAUUCGGCCAGGAUUAGUCAGUACAAAUAACACAAAAACGUUCUGGGUGUUUCACUCGGCCAUCCGAACGGACAACAGAUUGCAAAGCGUACUUCACGAUGUUAAGAAAUUCCUUGACGAACAUAAACGUGAGGUGAUCUUCAUCGACUUCCACGAAUUCCCAUGGGGCUUCAAAACGUCAGCGGAUUAUACGUCAUUGGGAGAUUUUGUCGAGAAACAUCUUGGACCUUACAUUUUGCAGUAUCGUCCCCAUAUGAUCACGUUGUCCGAGACAGUUGCAUUAAAUCAAAGAGCUGUGGUCACAUUCUCACAGGAUGACAACCUCGCGCGUAGAUUCCUACCUGGCGUGUACCACGCGUGGGCAAACACCGACAAUCUACAGGUGCUGAAAGAUCGCUUAAGGCAGAUGCAGAAUCAGCAAAGCGAAGGCAACAGGCUUUAUUCGGCCAUGGCGCAACUGACUCCUCAGGGUGCGUUGAAUAUUAUUUUUGAUCAGUAUCAGGGCGGUGUACGGGCACUUUCACAUCUAAACAAUAUGAAAGUAAUGUUGUGGUGGAGAAAAAAUCAAGAAUACCGCACUUCAACAAACAUUAUAGCUAUGGACUAUUUAACAUCAUCGAGUGUCGUCGAUAUCUGUCGAGCCAUUAAUGCUCAGCGCGCCCUUGAUCUGCGCAGGGGCCAUCGUUUGCCAUAGAGGGGUUUGUAAUUAAAAAUCAUAAUAUAAUAAAGGAGAAACUUAUUUUAGAUACGACAUCUUUACUAAGUACGCUUCUUAAAAGUACGUAUUGAGAAGAGCCAAUUUGUUACGGUAUAACAUUUUUGUUGAAUAUUUUGCGAGAAAAAAGAGAGACAAAAUAUCGAUAUGAGGCUUGAAUUAGACAUCGCCAUUACUAAGGAUCUACUCCUAAUAGUUGCUAUAACUGGUCUACAACGGCGUACCUACAUAAAUUGUCGAAGCAACCAAAAAAGUUAUAAGGCUUGCGGUGCUACGCACAAAAGGUUGAUAGUUGAAUAAGUUGAACUCCGGUAAGUUGCGAUAAAUAAGCAAAAUGGUUCCAGCCACAGAACAUUUCUCAUCCUUAAAAACCGAUUGCCAAAUAACCCCGCAUUGACGAGCAUUACUAGAAUUAUUCGUACAGAUGUUUUUCACUGGACAAUAUUGGAUGCACCGGACUCAGCUAUUAUUAAUUUGCACUGCGUUCAAACCACACCGAAAGCCAUUUGUACUUUUCAAUUCCUGUUAUUUAGUGUAUUAUGCGAGCGGCGAAUCAUGUCUACGCAAGCAACGCAAGGCCAUCUAAUGACCCCUUAGUCCCUUCGAAUUCAUGGCAGCGAUUAAGUUGAAGCAUCUACGCAAACUCGGAACUUAUUCUUAUCCUUUCUACUAUUUUCGGAUUAUAUUUGCCCGAGCUCGAUGAGUUGCAUUAUGAAAGAGCACUGUGUUAUAGUCACUUAAAUUGCGUUAAUUCCCAAAGUUGCCAACUGUAUUAUAUCACUUUAGCACAGUAUCGAAACAACUCUACUUGCUUAAUUGCCCUGUGUAGGGUGUAUACAAAACCGGAUAGGAAGCAAUACUUGCUCGAAACUGCAUAAGCAGGCUAACCUGUAAAUAUAGAGAAAAAAAUCCAAGUCAAUGAAUAUGAUAUGUGUGGAACACGGAAGCAAUACUUUCACAAUAUAGAGCAACAAUGGUGUAGGUACCAAAAAAGGUUGACGGAUCCAUGUUCCUUCCUCCUUUAAAUCCGGUUGCUAAACUACAUCGGCAACGUUUGUAGUUCGUGCGCGAAACUACCUAUUACGAAUUAAGGAUUAUGGACACUUAUUCCAGAUGCUACUGAGGAACCUAUUUUUCAUAAUGAUUUCUGGGGCAUCAUAUAUAAGGUAGCCUGGCACAGAUUCCACCACUGGAUAGUGUGUUCAGGAAUUUUGCUGUAGGCCAGGAAAAGAAUGGUUCCAUUGGACUAUCGAAGAAAUAUAAGCCAUUUUUGCCAAUUAGCUAGCUAAUAAGCUGUAAAUAGUCGUGUUGGAUCGGCGUUGAUGUCAUCAAAGUUGAGAUUUACCAGUAGGGAAUAUUAUUGGAAGGCCUUUUAUUCAAGCUUGGCACGCAGUGUUAAAAAACGUUAAAAGCACAUGAAUUGCCACAAAAAAAACCAUGUGCCCAAUUUAAAAAAAUGCUACGCAAUAAUGGCAGCUAUAGGAGGUGAUACUAUGUCUGGCGAAAGUGAAAGGGAAUCGCGUAAUAUCCUAUCGCCGUAUCGCGUUA